GAUAAUGACAUAUCCAGCACAUUCCAUUCUUCGUUGACACGAUGGCGGGAGAGUCGGAACCAGAAACGCCGCCGACGGCCGAGAAGACCAGCGCGAAGGAUGCUCUGUCCGCGUCCUUCCUUCCAUCCUCCCUUUCUCUUGUUGGACUUUCUGUCGCGAUGGUCGUUGCCGCCGUGGCCAUGCAUGCCCUUGGCGAAAUAGAUCCGCCAACCCAUCAAGCGGUCCAGGAACAACUCUUCCGUGACGCAAUGCAGUCCCCUCGUAACUCUCGCGGGAAUCUCACCCUUGCCAACGCGACCAGCGCACCGAACUACGACAGACUCUCCAAGUACGAGACAGAUAUCGUGGCGAUGGAUGAUCAGUUCUUCUUGGAGCCUCGCGAGUGCACUGGGACAAUGCCGACGGUCAUGAGUUCGUCGUGGGUGCCUGUCCUAGACGUGAUGCAGUUGCCUGUGGGAACUCUCCGAUCGAACCAGUCCAUCUUUGUCAUGCGCAAUGGCGCUAACCAUGGCCUGCACUUUCUCUGGGAUGGCGACGGUGACUGCUUGCACGCUCUGGCUCGAACCGCGGGCCUUGCAUUAGGCAUCCCUGCGCUCCGCCUGGACAACGGAGUGCGCCUGUCGUCCCAGUACAGCCUCCCGCUCACGACUUCUUCCGACGUCGAAGCUGCCAACCGCAUCGUCCAUGUCCUGCUGGACUUUGACCUGUGGGUCUGGCCUGGGAUUGCAGUCAACUUUACGUACACUUUACACGACAACAUGACACUCACGACCCAGAGCUUAAGUCCGCGGGUGUUUUCCGUGACGAAUUUCAUCAAUCAAGGUGAAGCCGGCGAGAUCAUCGCGCACGGCCGCAAGCUCCUGCGCCGGUCGCCCACGGGGGAGUCAGUGGACGGUACAGUGUCGGACAUCCGCACCAGUUCUACCGCGUUUCUCCCAGACACGGCAUUCUCCAGGCAAUUCCAGCACCGGGCGACGGGUGUCGCGAGGCUGCCGAGUGCGUCAUAUGCUGAACGCUUGCAGCUGGUGCGGUACCGUCCGGGUGAGUUCUACCGCCAGCACUUGGACACGAUGGCGUCCAAGAACAUUGAGGCGCCGCCAGUGUACCAGUACGCCGACUUUGUGAAAUGGACGACAGUUGCUGCCAAGAAUGUCGCGUUGCUCGGCAACGACCUCCCCCAACGGUUCAAGCCAGGCCAGGCUUUGUAUCCGAAUGCUAAAAACGUCAAGUUUGCCUUGGCGUUGGUCGAGUUGUUCUGGAAAGAUGGCGUUUCGAAGCAUUUCUUUGCCAGUCGCAACGAAAUGGAAUGGGAACGCUGGCUUGCGGACAAAGUUGCUCGUCCCAGGGGCAACCCCAUGCGUCAGUUGCUCCAACACGACGCGAAACCCGAGUAUUUGAUCCAUAUCAUUCGAGUGUGGGAACGCCAUUUAAACGAGCCACGUAUUCAACCCUAUCAUGGGUUGCCCCGUUCAGUGAACGGUUUAUCCCACUUUUUACGGUGGAUUCGGUGGGCAAAAGAGCGCAUCAGUGUUCUGGGCGACCAAGUGCCAGCUACUAUACGCCCAAAUGGCAAGUUGUACCCCAAGUACGACCAGUACUUUCAAUACGAGCUCAUUGCGCUGCUCUUCAAGCACCAUUCCACUUCCCAAUUGACCGACUUGCUGUCCAAACAAUGGUUUGACUUUCUCGUGGAAUAUCAGGGUCGGCGCGAUUGCAUUCACAUUCUUCUGCAGCAAGUGCCGGCGCUGGCCCAAUCCCUCGCCGAUACUUGGGCAAAAGAAGUCCAAAUGUAUGGCGAAUUCACAACGACGUACACCCUGCCACGUUAUGUGCAUCACAUGACUCCGAACCGGUUCGUCACACUAUUUGUGUACCUGAACGCAGUGGAGCGUGGCAGCGGCGGGACCGUGUUUCCCUUUGCCGAUUCAAUCGAAAAAGUAGAAAGCGUUCGAUCUACUACUACUAGUACUACUACGAACGGAAUGGCCGAGUGCAAGUCAGGGCUAAACGUGGCGCCCACCGCCUUUGGCGCGAGUCUGUUUUACACACAGACGCCGGACCAAGACGUGGACUUUCUCGCUUUGCAUGGCGGGUGUCCACCUCAAGGAAGCAUUAAGUGGGGCGCUAACGCGUUCAUGUGGAACGCCGACGCGGCCGAAGGCGCCGACUUUUGGAACUAGGAAAAGACUGAUGUCUAUCUCAAUAUUCCGACCUCACUUAGUAUUUGUAUGAACUAAUUUUGGCCAAUGAAUCGUCACUACCUAA